AUGGCUACCAACAAGUUUGCAACGAUGUUACAUAGAAACACCAACAAGAUUGUGGUGAUUCUAGUGUAUGCAGUGCUUGAAUGGGUCUUGAUUGCACUCCUUCUUCUUAACUCUUUGUUCAGUUAUCUCAUCACAAAAUUUGCCAAAUGGGUUGGCCUCCAACCACCGUGCGUUUGGUGUUCAAGGGUUGACCACGUGCUGCAGCAAGAAAAUGGCGCGCAUGUGGACAAGGAUCUCGUGUGCGAGGCUCAUGCAGCUGAGAUUUCCAAGCUUGGUUACUGCUCAAAUCAUCAAAGACUGGCGGAAACGCACAGCAUGUGUGAGGAUUGUUUGGCCUCUCGGCCAAACCAUCAAGAAAAUUCCUUUGGAAUGCGGCACAGGAUCGCUUUCAUUUCGUGGGUGAGUAGUCAUGGCAAACAUGAAAGUGGAGAUAGCUUGAUAAAAAGGUGCUCUUGCUGCAAUGAGAGCUUGAGCAGCCCGCUUUACCCUCCUUAUUUGCUAUUGAAACCUAAUUGGGGAGAUGAGAAUUACACGAGCAAAAGAUCCCUGAUUGUGGAAGAGGCAAUAGAUGAUGAAAAAGGUGAUAAAGACCUUGACUUUGAGAGAAACAAUGAGGACGAUCAUGACGAUGAAGGGGUGGCAGAUGAGCAUCAGAUACUUUCUGAUAUUGAGAGUUUUAUCCUCAGAGAGGUUGCUGAGGAUCGUUCAAGUUCUGUUUCAAACUUGCACUCAGAUGAGAAGGAUGCGGAAAAAGAUGAUAAGGAAGAUGAUCUUACCAUUAAUGAGCUGGAUCCAAGUGCUGAUUACAAUUUUGCUUGUCAAUUCACUUCCACUAUGCAGGGUUCACUCUGGGUUGAUAGAUCACUUGAAGUCAUCAAUGUGCAUUUUGAGAAUUAUAAGGCCUGUGAUAGCCACCGCUUGGUACCUGUCAAGUUAAUAGAUUCUAUUACCUCUUUGAAUGUUGAAACUUGCAAAGUGGAUGAGGAUUUGGGGUAUAGGGAACACAAGACUCAGACUCAGACCUUUGUUGAUGAGUCACCAAUUGAAGCACAAUCAAGUAUCUUAGAAAGGGAAGGAUUACUCACAAUACAUGAGAAUGCAGAGAAAAUAAGUGUGAGAGAAGUUGAAAGUUCGGAAAAUUCUAUAUCUUCAGAAUUUGAAGGGUUGAAACAUAAUUCAGAGAUUACCACUAGGGAAGCUCAGACUCGGCCGAAAGAUGACAACAGUAUUGAAGCAGCUACUGAAGAACUAGGUGAUAAACAAGUUGAUCUGCCUCGAUCUCAGGAACCAGCCUGUUCUAGUGAAUGCGCACAAGAAGAUGAAUCUUCAUCAAGUGAAGAUGAUGCUGAAGUUCAAAAUGCCUUUGAUGAAUUCAUUGCUCAGAAUCAUCUUAGUAAGACUCAAAGUUUAUCUAAUGAUGACAUCAGUGUGGAACCAGCUAUACAAGGAACAGAGAGUCCAUCAGGAGCUACCCUGCCUCCAUCUGAAGAACCAGCCUGCUCUGUUCUAUGCAUAUCAGAAGAUGAAUCUUCUUCAUCAAGUGAUGAUGAUGAAGUUCAAAAUGCCUUUGAUGCAUUUAUUACUCAGAAUCAUCUAAGUCAGUCUCAAAGUUCAUCCAAUGAUGAUAAAAAUAUAGAAGCAGACAUGGAAGAACCAGAAAAUCCACCAGCUAAUCACCCUCCAUCUGAAGAGCCAGCUUGCUCAUCUCAAUGUAUACCAGAAGAUCACUCUUCCACAAGUGAGGAUGAAACUGAAGCUCCAAAUGCCUUCGAUGAAUUCAUUGCCCAAAAUAAUCUCUGUCCAGAUAAAACAGGUGUAAAAAAUAACGAGUAUGUUAAGAUCAUUGAGAAAACAACAGCAGUUGAGAAAAAUCAUGAAGAAACAAACAAUGAAUCAUCCAAGUGCUCAGAGCCAUACGAAGUAGAAGAAGAUAAACUUCCUGAGACUCCUAGGUCUGUAGAGGGCCUGCAGUACAUGCUUAAAAGAGAAUCAGUAGCAGAUGAUUCUAUGGAUGGUAGCAUUGCAAGUGAGGUAGAAUGUGGUGAUCCAGUAUCAACAAUUGACCGGUUAAAAACGGUUUUAAAAGCUGAAAGAAGGGCCCUAACAGCUAUAUAUCAAGAACUAGAAGAAGAGAGAAGUGCAUCAGCAAUAGCUGCCAAUCAGACAAUGGCAAUGAUUACAAGGCUGCAGGAAGAAAAGGCAGCAAUGCAGAUGGAAGCAUUGCAAUACCAAAGGAUGAUGGAAGAACAAUCGGAGUAUGAUCAGGAAGCUUUACAGCUUUUGAAUGAGUUGAUGAUGAAAAGGGAGAAAGAGAAGCAAGAACUUGAGAGGGAGUUGGAAGAGUACAGACAGAAGGUAAUGGACUAUGAAGCAAAAGAGAAGCUGAGGGUGCUGAGAAGAAUGAAAGAUGGAAGUGUAAGGAGUAGAGACACCUCUUCUUCUUGCAGCAAUAUGAACUACACUGAUGAUCUAUCCUUUGAUCUUAACCGCGAGGUGCGCGAAGAAGAUAAUGUUUUAUUAUUCAACCAAGAGGGAAGCAGCCACAACAAUGCACCUGAAGAUACAGUUUCUAAUUUGGAAGAAAUGGCACUAGACUGUGUAAAGCAUGUGAGUGCUCUUGAUGACACAUUGGCAGAAUUUGAGGAAGAGAGGGCUUCCAUUUUAGAACAGCUCAAAGCAUUAGAAGAAAAGAUCAUUUCAUUGGGAGAUAAUGAGGAACUCCUUGAUAAUAUCAAAUUCAUUGAGCAUUCGUCAAUGUAUUAUGGUGGUGGUGACAAAGACUCGAAUGAGAAUGGAUAUUUUGAUGGGUUUUCAGAUGAUAAACACUCUCCAAUAAGUUCCUUGGCAAAGAAGCUACUGCCAUAUUUAGAUGCUGCUGAAAAUGAGACUGAGGAAGCAUACACACUAGAGAGACAAUUGAAAUCUGAAUCAUCUGAUAUUCAAAACUCAGUUACUGUACUUGAAAUGGAUGGCAUGAAGACAUCCAUUGAAGAGGAAGUUGAUCGCGUUUAUGAGAGAUUACAAGCUCUUGAAACAGAUAAGGAGUUUCUACAACACUGCAUGGGUUCCAUACAAAAUGGUGGAGAGAAAGGAGUGGAUUUGCUUCAAGAAAUCUUACAACAUCUUCGUGAUCUUAAGGAUGUGGAACUCCGCCUGAAGACUUUGGGAAAUGAUCCACUAUAG